AUGGCGCCGGAUGAAACAACCCAGUUGCUGGUGAAGCCAGCAUCGGAUCCAGGCUGUUGCCCGGAAGAAUGGGAUGGAAAAACUGCAACGGCACAGACCAGCCAAAUUUUUGCGCUGUGGCAGAUAGGGGCACUUUGCGGCAUCUUGCUAGCAUACGCGGAUACGUCUCUGGUAUGGGCAACACAUGAGACAGUAGCAUCACGUUUCGAUAAUCUGGAGAACUCGUCAUGGAUGAUGACUAGUUUUACAAUAGGUUACUGUGUGACUUUGCCUUUGAAAGUGAUACCAGAAGCUAAUUUGACUUCAUGCAAAGAUAUUGCCGUACCAUCCAACGUAGCGGUUCUCAGAAGUUAUGUCAACAUUGCCUCAACAGUUGGACUUUCACUUGGUGGUCCCCUUGGAGGAUUCCUUGGCGGAACGAUCGGUUGGAGAUGGUCCUUUCUAGGUCAAGUUCCACUUGCAACUGGUUGUUGCGUUCUCCUCGCAGGGGGUCUCCGAACAUUUUUGCCAGUACUCAAAGAGGAAGACGAACGGCAGCAUGAAGAAUCCGCAACUGACCUUCAACCAGACCUCUUGACCUUUGACUACCCGGGAGCCAUAACCCUUGCCAUUUGGAUAUCCUCGCUUCUUGCAGUCAUCGAUCUGCAGAAUCAGCUUUCUUGGGGACACCCUCUCGUUCUGAGUAUAACAAUCGUUGGAGUACUAGCUAUACUAGCUUUCCUUGCUUUAGAGACCUAUCCGGGAAACCGGGAACUUUUGAUACCUUUACGACUUUUGAAAACAGAGGUUGGCGCUUUCUGUGCCGGACAGUUUAUUUCCCAAAUAGCACCUUACUUUGCAAACACGCAAGGAGCUUCAGAUGCAAAAGGCGGAGGACAGAUAAUUCUCCCGAGCAUUGGUAAUGCAAUAGGCAAUCUUGUUGCAGGCCAAGUAAUCAGAAAAUUUGGAAAUUACAAAAAGCUUUCCCUCAUCUCCCUCUUCUUCUGUAUUGCCACUUCACUCUUAAUCCUACUCCAAUGGUCUCAUUCUAUAAGCACUUGGGAAGCCCUUGCCACCUUCCCAUUCGGUCUUUUUGCCGGCAUCGUCCUCUCCACACAGUUCAUCGGCCUCUACCACUGUGCCCCGAGGCAACACAUGGCAAUAGCUAUCAGCAUGUACUACAUGAGCCAACAAAUUGGUAUCGCCUUGGGCAUCAGCAUUUCUUCCGCUCUCCUGAAGCAGGAGUUCAAGAACACCCUACAGAAAACGUUGAUCGUCGUCCCUAACUACCAAGAGAUUAUCAAAAACAUACUGAUGGAUUCUUCUGUUGUUGCGAUGCUUCCUACUGACGUCAAGGAACUGGUGCGGCGGAGUUAUCUGAAUAGUUUCUGGGUUGUGCCGGCGUUAGCUACUUCUACUCAAGUACUUGCUAUCCUGCCGAUGAUUUCUACUACUGAGAAGUAUUCGGAUUGA